AUGCUGUUCAAGAACGUCAUCGCCAGCGCGCUCCUCAUUGCAGGUGGCCUUGCUGCUCCUCUUCAGGCUGCUGCCGUGGAAGAUAACAAUCACACCAAGAUGUCGCCUCGUGAAUACUGGGCAUUUGCGAUUAAGCUGCGCGAGAAUGAGAUGCAUGCAGCCAAACGCAACGACCACCCGAAUCUCGUUGCUCGCGAAUACUGGGCCUUCGCCAUCAAGCUGCGCUCCGGUGUCUCAGCCAAACGCUCUAUCCUGGACUCUCAGUGCGAGAUUGCCGAUGAAGGAAUCUACUGCAACUACUCCAGUGCAGACAUCGAAGCCUACGGCUCAACUGGCCACCUCCAGGAGGGCUGCAUCACCGUUGAGACUGGCGUGGCUUGUUUCUACCCUGGUUCUUUCACGCCCAAUGAUAACCCAGCCGGCCCCAGUGAUCAGGCGGCCUCGAUAUGCCUCUUUCACUCAUCGACCGAGAUCAAGAUUGACCCCAUAGCAAAUUUACGACCGAGCUUAUACCAUUCCUCUGACAUUGCCAUGCCAUCUGAAAAGUCGACGCUGGGAAGCGUACUCGCUGUAGGGUGCACCGAAGAGUCGCAAACGAGUGGCUUGCAGGCAGAUAAGAGGGCGACAGCUUGUCUGAAUGUACCAGCAGCGGCUUUCUCAACUGGUUCAGCGACUCCUAAGAGUGAAGCCGGCGAACAAACCGUUGUUCACACCACGCUUGAGGCAUUGCAAAGCCAGCUCAGUGCUGCGACUGAGACCAGGGAGUAUACAGUGGUUAAAAUUGGCGCCUUGUUCUCCCCGGAAUCCGUCAAGCUGGUGUCCAGCCUCGUGCAGCAGGAUAAACCAAAACUCGUGCUGGAUAUGGAGCCCUUCUUCAAAACAGGGCCCCCUCCCCAGGAGGGAGUACUUACCGCCCUCAGAGACGACAUACUUCCCUCAACCACGGUGCUUUGCGCGACAGUGCGCGAGGCCAAGGCACUGCUCGACAAUGCUGGCAUUCCCAUCGACUAUCCGCAGAGCAUACAAGACGUCCAGACCAUGGGGCAGGCCGUGCAAAAACUCGGCCCUGACUAUGUUGUCAUGAAGCGGGAAAUAUUGGGGGAAAAUGAUGGCAUGACAACGCUUCACUAUGUUCUCUGCGGAAGUGCAGAGCCUCAGGUGGUAAUGUCCCGCUUCAAAAAUCCAAAAGGAUAUUUUGGUGUGAGCUACUCCAUCCCGCGUACGUACCGCUCUUCCAUAUUCUCUAGAUUGCGCAAAGGAAUCUAA